GACAAUACAUGGAGAACUACUACUAGUUCUCGUAUAGCAUUAACUAAAUAAUCACAUCCUGUGGCAUAUAGUAAUCAUUAUCCAAUUCCAAUUUGAAUAUUAUAGAAGAAUAAGAGGGAGCUCAACUCGAUCAAUCAUGCUGAUUCAUGGGAUCCAAUCACUCGACUAAUUAGUCACCUUAGGCCCUUAAAGCAUAAGAGAGAGAAAAGGAGGAUUUUUUUCCCCCCUCCAUUUUUUCCCCUAGAUAUAAUUAGCUUACAGUUGCACAAUUGGGGUUGGGCUAGUUGAGAGGGAAAGAAAAAGGAGUCCGUGGGUGGCCAGUAAAAGGGAUGGCGAUACUGUACGCGCUGGUGGCGAGGGGAUCGGUGGUGUUGGCGGAAUUCAGCGCCACCUCCACCAAUGCCAACUCCAUCGCCAGGCAGAUUCUCGACAAAAUCCCCGGCAAUAACGACACCAAUGUUUCCUAUUCUCAAGAUCGCUAUAUUUUCCACGUCAAACGCACCGAUGGCCUCACCGUUCUCUGUAUGGCCGACGACGUCGCCGGACGGAGGAUCCCUUUUGCUUUCCUUGAAGAAAUUCAUCAGAGAUUUGUGAGGACCUAUGGCAGAGCUGUGUUAUCUGCUCAACCUUAUGCCAUGAAUGAUGAAUUUUCCAGAGUUCUUAGCCAGCAGAUGGAGUACUAUUCACAUGAUCCAAAUGCAGACAGGAUAAACCGGCUAAAAGGUGAAAUGAGUCAGGUGCGAAAUGUUAUGAUCGAGAAUAUUGAUAAAGUUUUGGAGAGAGGUGAUCGUUUGGAAUUGUUAGUUGAUAAAACUGCCAAUAUGCAAGGAAACACUUUCCGCUUCAGGAAGCAGGCUCGCCGUUUCCGAAGCACCGUGUGGUGGAGAAAUGUCAAGCUCACGAUUGCACUAAUCCUUCUCCUCCUCGUGGUAAUUUAUGUUGUUUUGGCCUUUGUUUGCCAUGGGCUUACUCUUCCUACUUGUCUGAAGUGAGUUACAGCAUCAAGUGAGAGUUAUUUGCCCUUCCUUUGGUUCCUCUCCAUCAUUGGCACAUGGUGUUUUUUUGGUACCUCAGUCUCUCAGGAGUGUCGCUCAGAUUUGUUUGUGAGAAUAUCUUUUUCUCUUGCAUAUAGCUACCUGUUACGUCAAAGUGUAACUUAUUAUGCAGCUUUGAUACUUGGUUUAAGUUGUCGAUAUGUAAAAGGAGUAAGUUAUUCUUUUGCUUUUCAUUUUCACUCCACAACUAUCUUUGAUGUAGAAAACCAGAUAGGACUGGAGGUAAGCUGAGUGGCAUAUGUUUAUAGUGUUUAUAGGGAAGCAUUCUCCAUCUGUUGUUGUCUUCCGCUGUAUGGUUAAGCCAGUCCAAUGUUCAAUAUGCUGAAUGGAGAUCAUUUUUAGUUUUUUAAGCUGAGUGUGAUAUGUGAUUUUUAUAAGAAUUGUUGGACUUUAA